AUGGAAUCAUUAACUGUGUCUGAAUAUGUUGAUCCGGUACUAUCAGUUGUUGGGAAAGAGGAAAAGAUUAAUCCACAAACUAUUCAAUCAUUAACCUCGAAUUUCCCAUCUUAUUAUUCCAAAAUCACAUCUUUUUGUUCAUCUGCUUUGAAAAUUUAUAAAAAUUUAUUAAAUUUAGAAUAUGAGUUGAAUUCAUGGGAAUUUAUGACUUUGAAAGCUUCAAUAAAUAUAAAUUUUAAUCAUAAUUUUUCCACAACAACAAGAAAUUUUGAUAUUAAAAUUGCUAAAAAAGUUAUCGAUAGAUGUAAUUUCAUUGAUGAUGAAAUAAAUAAACUAUUGAAUUAUAAAUUGAAAAUUAUAAACAAUUUUAUAAGUUCAUUGACAAUUCAAGAAUAUUUAUCAGAUCCUGGAUGUUUAUUACUCAAGAUUUAUUUUAAAAUUAUAAAUUUGAAAAACUCAAUUGUGGAGAAAAUUUCAAUAUCAUAUACAAAAUCAAAACUUUUAAUAAUAAGUUUUGAAUUGAAACAAAUCACUGAUAUGAUUGAAAAAGAAGAAAACCCAAUUGUGGAGGAUAAUACUGAUUUCCAAUCAACUUUAGAAGGUUAUAAAGAUUUUGUUACAGUUUUAAUCAAUCAAUUAGAUCAAGCUGUCCAAGAGAAAGAUUCUGAUCAAAUUCAAGAAUGUCUUGAAGUGUUGAAUGAUGUGGAAAAAAUGUAUGAAUCUGUUCGUUUGAAUUUCUUUAUAAAUGAAGAAUAUGCUGAAUGGGAACAAGAUAAUUAUUAUAUUCAAUCUAAUCGUGAACGUGAAUUGGAACAAGAAUUGGCAAAAGAAAGAGAAUUAUCAAGAUCAAGAUCAAUUUCUCCUUCACCUUCAUCUCAAACUUCAUUAAAUGAAGAAUUAUUAUCAUCAUCAACUUCACCACCUUCUAAUUCAUCAUCAAAAUUUUUAAAUUUACAUUCUUCACAAGAAUUACCAGGACAUCAUCAUUUAUCAAGAAGAGGUUCAAUAAGCUCGACAACAUCUUCAGUUGCUACAUUGAAUAGACAACCAACUACAAUUUCAGAGGAAUUACCAUAUUUAUUACAAGCUUUUGAUGAAGCUAAACAAUUGGAACAAGAAUUAUCAACUUAUCAAACACCAAGAACUCCAACUUCAAGUCAACAACAACAACAACAGCAAGCAAUGAAGAAAUUACAACCUAUUCAUAACCAAGAUAAGAGAAGAUCCAAUUUACAAACUUUUAAUAUACCAAAUGUUGGGUUUAAUAAUAAUUUAUUGAAUAGUAUUUAUGGACUGACACCAAAAUCUUCAACACCUUCAACACCAUCACAUUUAAAUCAUCAUCACCAUAAUGAAGUUGAUUAG